AUGCCUUUACUAGUCCUUUCAGAAGAAGAUGUAUCCACCGCUUCGUCUGCGCUUACACCAGAUGAACUCAUGGUGCUCAUGGCUCUCGUCUUCGAACAUUUGAACUGUCAACUCAGAUGCAUCCAAUUACCCCUACGGACUUCAAUUACGACGAAUAAACACACCACACUGUUCAUGCCUGCGCGAAUAGAUCAAUUCGGUACGACAAUAAAGACAGUUUCUGUCCCUACGACUGGAGAAAGAGGAAUUCACGCGACGACUUUGGUCUUGGAUCAACAAUCUGGUGCUGUUAAAGCGGUAAUUAACGCUACUAGUCUCACUGCUUUGCGAACUGCUGCAGGUUCUGCACUUGCGACUCGCCUACUCGGUCCGUCGGAUCCCAAAGUCUUAGUAGCCUUCGGCGCAGGACGACAGAUCGAAGCUCAUGUAGAUCUGCUCAUUCGCGUUUUCCCUUCUCUGGAUCGAUGUACGAUUGUGAAUCGGUCACUGAACACUCGACUCGAGACCCUUCUUGCGAAGCUUCGAUCGCGAUUUCCUCAUGUUACUUUCAGCUCGGAGGAAUUAGAAUCAGAAAACCUUGAAAACGUCGUUUCUGAAGCCGAUAUCAUAUGCACUGCUACCUCGAGUACGAAACCUCUCUUCAAAUCCCACUGGGUCAAAAAAGGAACACACAUAAACCUCGUCGGAAGCUACAAGCCCUCCAUGAUAGAAGUCGACACAGACCUAAUCAAACGAACUGGAAAAGUCUUAGUAGAUUCAAAAGAAGCAUGUUCCGUCGAGGCAGGGGAACUAAUCAAAGCAGGGUUAACUUUAGACGAUUUGGUGGAGGUCGGAGCGAUUGUCGAACAUGAUGGAAAACCUAUCAAGGGUACUGCUCAGAUGGUGCGGUGUUUCGGAGAUGUUACGAUUUUCAAGUCUGUUGGUGUUGGAUUACAGGAUACUGCGGUUGCGGUUGCGGUUUUGAAUAAGGCGGUGGAGAUGGGGCUGGGGACGGAAGUUACUCAAUAUUAG